AUGUCUGCGUUUUGCCUCGACCUGAGCACGUCUGGCGUGGCUUCAGCACCACUGGAGUUGGACAGCGACUCCAUGGAUCCGUGCUAUAAACCCGCAGCUCACGAACACGGAAGCGGCCCGGCUCACCCGCUGCACCAUGCCGGCUCCGGAGGCCUUGGCGUGGCGUUGGAGGAGGAACUGGCCAUGCUCAGCGAUGAGCAGGAUAUAGCGGGAGAGCUCUCGUUGGACCAUAACGCCGACUUGCUGUCUCUCUUCCGCCAGAAGGAAAAGGAUUUGGUGUUAGCUGCCAAACUGGGCAAAGCUUUACUAGAAAGAAACCAAGAUUUGACGAAGCAAUAUGAAAAAAUGCACAAAGACCUCAACAACAAAUUAGAGCACUUGGAGCAGGAGAAGCAUGAGUUGCGUUGGCGUCUGGAAAAUCGAGAGGGGGAGUGGGAGUGCCGCGUGGCCGAGCUGGAGUCCGACGUCCAGCAGCUGCAGGGAGAACUGGAGCAACAUCAGGUCCAGCUGAGGGAGGCGGACAAGGACAAAACUAAGGCCAUCAGUGAGCUAUCUGAACAAAACCACAGAUUGCUGGAACAACUUAGAAGGGCUGCAGAUGUGGAGAGGCAGCUAUCCACUCAGGUGCAUUCCUUACGGGACGACUUCAGGGAGAAGAGUACGUCUACAAGCCAGCACAUGACACGACUAGAAACGCUCCAAGCUGAACAAGGACUCGAAAUUACGAUGCUGUCGGAGAGGAAGAUGGAGCUGGAGCGGCGGGUGCAUGCCAUGCUGGAGGAGAACGAAGUGCUCAAGAAUACUGUGGAAGACCUCAGAGAUAGGACGCUAGUGCUGGAGAAGCAGUGUCACGAAAAGGACCUACAGUUGCGGCAGAGUCAAGUGGAGCUUCAGGAAGUUCAGUUGUCGCACAGGCAGCUAACGGCUCGGCUAGAGGAGCUAACGGAGGAGACCAGCCUGCAUAGCCUCACCCCCCACCAGUCCAGCCUGAUGUGCGAGAUAGAACAAAGCAUGGAGCAAGAGGAGCAGGAGCAGGAGCGGGAGCAGCUGCGUGUUCAGUUGUGGGAAGCUUAUUGUGAGGUGCGCUCGCUGUGCUCCCAUCUUCGAGGGAAUGAUGUCACAGACUCGGCGCUAUCCACAGAUUCUUCCAUGGACGAAUCCUCGGAGACGUCCUCUGCCAAGGAUGUGCCAACUGGGAGCCUUCAUGCCAGCUUGCUAGAACUACGCAGACUAACACAGAACUUGCUAGAUGGCAACGAGUCAACGGGUUCUCGGCGCAGUGACGAGGAAGCUCUGGAGGAACAAGUAAAGAAGAUGGGAGAAGAGCUGAGAGAAGUUCGAGAGCUGUAUGAAGCUGAGCAGGACAAGACGCACAAUAGUAAAGAGGAGUUGCUACAGCUGCACAAUCAGAUGGCGCUGCUUUCAGUAGAAAUAUGUUCCCUCCAAGAGGAAUCGGAGCGGAUGAGGACCAUGGCGGAGGUCCGAGAACCCAGCGAGCAGCUCCAGAGUGCCAUUAAAGACAGAGAUGAUGCCAUAGCCAAGAAGAAGGCAGUGGAGAUGGAGCUGGCCAAGUGUAAAAUAGACAUCAUGUCUCUGAAUAGUCAGCUUCUGGAUGCCAUCCAGCAGAAACUCAAUCUGUCACAGCAGCUGGAGGCCUGGCAGGACGACAUGCACAGAGUGAUUGACCAGCAAUUAAUGGACAAGCACCAGGAUGAGUGGCGCACCACCCCAUCCUCCGCGUCCAGGUCGUCCAGAGCUCCCGGAGCUCAGUCCUCCAGACGAGCUCUCCGCCUCUCCGACCAGGACCGGAGACUUUUCUCUUUUUUCAAAAAGAACUGAGCACAGGAAACAGAAGCAACAACAGAUUGCGUGAAGAAGAAAGGGUGACAUAACAACAUACGACGCAGCCAAAGACAGGCAGUGGGACACACACACACACACACACACACACACACACACACACACACACGCAGGGGUUUCGAGAGCUUGGUUUGUACUUUGCACUUUAUCUUUCCCAAUGCUCCUUGUCUAAUUCUGAUGAUUGGCUCCCAAUGCCACACACAGCAGAUCUUCUUCUAAAAGGCCACUUGCAGGACAUGAUCAGGGUCCAAACGUUUACUUCUACUGAGGAAGGUUUCCUUGUAGUGCCUCUGACCCAUCGCUUCUUCCCACUGCCGAGCCUGUUAGGAACUUAAAUGCUGCAGCAAUGGUCACUGUUUGCACCCAUCGUGUCCGGCUAAUGACACAUAUGUUCGCCAUAGCGGAGCAGCUGGAUCAUGGUGAUGCUUCCGUGACAGCACCCAAUAGUUCAUUCAGAAACGUUAGAAUACAAAGCCACUCCAAUUUCUGUUUUACAUUGGAAAAAUAUGAAGGCAAGCCACCAAACAAAAAUAUUCCAAAACGUGUAUACAUACAGUGAUCCCCGGCCUGGCAUAUUUGUGGUUGGUUCAUUCAGCUAUUUGUGGAUUUUUGGGGUUGAAACAUGGUAUUUGCUAGAAACCUCAGGCCAAAGCUCUUGUGUAAAUAAAAAAAUAAAUAAACUGCUUUGGUACCAUCCUAUGGCAUUUUGGAGCCAAGGAACUAUGUUGAAGUGAGGAGAGAAGCUUCAUUUUCAGACCACUGCCUUUUCUAAUCAAAAUAAUUUGCCACCAUCUUGAGGCAUCUAAAGGCAAUGGGUGGACAUUGAAUAGUGAUUUGCUGUGAAAGUGGGGGUUCCCCAUAUACCCUAAUAAUGAUGAUCCCCUCUCAGUUUACUUGCUCAGCAUGAAAUCUGGUAAUCAAAACAAAUCCCAUCCUUAUAUUGUAUGAAUAGCAACAGGGAUGGGCAACCUAAAUGUUGCAGGGGCCACAAUUUCUCAUUAGUGCUAAUGUAUAGGGCCACGCGCUUCCUAACCAGUAUAAAUGACAAAAAUGCCGUUUUAAAUAAGGAGAACAUGUCUGUUUUUUCCCCACUCAAGCAUAGAAACAUACCUUACAAUAUUUUCAUACUGAAAUGCAUCCACACAUCAACUACAAAGGCUUUGAAACAAACCAAGAGUAACCACAUACUGUUUUUUUAUUCUCCCCCAGGCAUCAAAAAUUCCCAUUCAAACAUGGCACAAAAGCUGCGUAGUGAUGGCAAAACGAAGCUUCAACUUUGCUUCAUGAACCAGUUGAUGUACUUUUUGAAUCCUUUCGGUGAAAGAAAUGACUAAUCAGUGUGCUUUUCAGGCCAAUGUAAAACAGAGUGCCAUCUAGAGGCGUCAAAAAAUACAACUGGUUCAUGAAGCAAACUUGAAUUCAUCGCUACUUCAACCUGUACUAAUUGCCAAAAAUCCCUUUGUGCAUGUUUUGGAAAAUAAAUGAACUCGCAUAUGGUGUAUCUCUCUCUAUAUAUCUAGAGAGAAAGAAAGAGGUUUCCCGGACCAAAUUUGGCACAUUUGGGGGGUGCGUCUAUCUGGUGGUGAAAACUCGUAUUACAAUUUUAAAUUGAUCAGCUCCAUUUUUGUUUUCAAAAAUUAAUCAAGGGCCACUCUGAGUGUCGAUGGGGCGCCAGUUGACCAUCCCUGAUUUAAGUGUAUUAUUGGCCAUCUAGUGGAAGAGAAUUGAAUUUUCUGCCUGUCGUUGUACACAGUAUGGAUGAUAAAAAAAGAAAAAUCGUUUUCGUAAAUAAUCAUUUUUGUGAAAACAAAUCAAACUGGGUUUUUUCCCGUGGCACACCUGAUGAUCUCUCUCAACGUACUGGUUGGGAAGCUCCACAAAUUAUUUUCUCAUUAGCACUAGUGCACUUUGUCAUUUUCUGUCUUUUGAUUGAGCUACAUUUACGAUGACAAAACUUCCAACCAAGCUUUGUGUUAACCUGCUACAAGACAAACAAGGCAGAACAGUGCUUUCCUUGGUGGAGCUAAUCCAAACAGGUUCUUCUUCAGCACUUUAGCUUGGCUACUUUCCAUUGUCGGUACUCAAAGGGAGGCUUUGAUGUUGGUCUGUAUGAACCUGUGAGUUUCAUAUCCCCAAUCAUGUAUUUAUUGAUGAGAAGACACUCUUCUCGAAUUAUUUGAAACAUUUUCCUAGGUAACCAAAUUCGUCCAAUGUUUACAUGAGUGUGAGAAGGAGGACAACAAAAUGUUACAUUUCAUAUCAUGGAAAGACCCUACAUAGACUGUACUAUUUUUUUAGGGAGGGGCGGGGCGGGGCGUGGGAGUCUACCUCCAUCCUCACUGCUUCAAUACUUUAUGAGCACUUUGAGUUCUUACUAAGCUGUUGGGCUUCCGUUGAGGUGAUGUGUGGUGAUGUGAAUGUCUAUGCGCUACCGUGUUCCUCUUUGUCCAUGUGUGUGUAAGAGUGAGUUUGAGCCACGAGCUCAAACAGCUGUGCAAAACCUAUGCAGACGUCAUGUCAUCUCAGGCGGUUGUUUGAGGGAGAAACCCAAAGAAGGAUUUCUUUAUUUUUAAGUAUAUAUAUAUAUAUAUAUAUAUAUAUACUUAAUUAUAUUUAAAAACAAAAAGGUCUCGUUAGGUCUGGAUGAAGUGAAUAUUUCUAAAGAGAAAAUCUAUAUUGUUUCAACAACAACAAAUUUUAUGUAAAACUUUUUUUCUAAUGUUUUGUGUUUCCUUGAGGGACUGAUGAUUUGCAGAAAGAGGAACUAUAGUCACAAUCAUGGCCUCAUAAAAUGUAAUAUUUCAAUACCAAUCCGAAUGAUCUCAAUCAUUUUAGUCAUUGGCCGCCAGUCAAUGUUUAUUCGAAAGAGAACAUUGACAUUAAAAGUGUCAUGUCAACAACUCAAUUUAUUAUUAUUCUGUAUUUGGAUGCUGAUUUAAAAAAUGUCUACUUUUCUAUCACAUUGGGUUGUUUGAGCUAUUUUCAUGUUUGUGUUUGACCUAUAAAACCUUGUAGAAUACGGUGUUUAUCAUGCAUUGUAAUUUACAGCUAUGACAUUUUAGAAAAGCAAAUCCACCUGUUUCUGAACCAAACCCUUAAUUCGUAACUACUACUAAAUACACUACUGCUAGUAUAUCAUAAUGUUAUGAUUAUUAUUAAAGCUUGAUGUGCGAUCGAAAAAAUGAGGGCAUAUUUGGAAUGACCACCCCCCCUCCAAAAAAAUCCUCUCAAUAACUUAACUUGCAUCUCUCAUUGAAUAAUUUAAAAAAGAAUGUUGGCCAAUUAUUUUUUUUUUUCUUGAACACAAGUUGUUUUUCUAAAAGCUGACUGCUUAGGCCAGGCCCUGACUUCUUCCUCUGUCAACAAAAGCUGCUUGUUGACAUCCUUGAGUCAGCAUGCGCAUUGAGGUCAAGGUGCUCUAAAUACACGUGUGUGUGCUGGGGAAUAAGAAAGAUUCGCAGUGUGGAAGUGAAUAACGAAACAGCGAAUCACACUGGAAUAAAAGAAAAUAGCUCAAAGUUGAAUGUAAUUUGCGCUACAAUCAUCCUGCAUUGUUUGUUUUUUCAUUAGUUUUUUUGUCCUUUUUAACUUUUUUUAAGUUUUAGUGUGCUAUGCUAAUGGUGUGAUAUAAUGUUAGUGGUUCAGAAUGACAAUGGUAGCAUCAUCCUUAUGGAAGACUGGUUUCUGUCUGCUCUGUUUAUGUUGAUAAAGCCAUUCAUAAUAACUCUAUAUGAAGAGUGCCUUAUUAAAAAAAGAAAAAAAGUGCACUGUUGCUGAUGGUCAUGUAUGUUACAAUACAUUGAACAUUUGACAUCGGGUGGAACAUUCAAAGAAUAAAUGCCAGUCACUCUUG